CUGAGAUUAGAGCAAAUCUGUUAGUGCCUGAAGGAAACAGAGACAGGUUCAGGUUUCAACUGGUAAUCCUUUACCAGAACUGAGAGAGAAUGCAGAGCAACAGCAAUACAAAGAAGCAAACAAAGGAUGUCAACAGCAAUCCUCUGCCAUCACUGGAGGAGAUCACAUCCUGGACACAGGGUUUUGACAAGGUGAUGAGGACUGAAGCUGGCAGGAACAUUUUCCGUGAGUUCCUGAGGACAGAGUACAGCGAGGAGAACAUGCUGUUUUGGCUGGCAUGUGAAGACUUCAAAAAGGAAAAGAAUUCAAAGGUAGUUGCAGAAAGAGCAAGGACAAUAUAUGAAGACUACAUUUCAAUACUGUCUCCAAGAGAGGUGAGUCUUGACUCUCGUGUGCGAGAAAUAGUCAACAGGAACUUGCUGAAUCCAUGCCCUCUUAUGUUUGAGGAUGCCCAGCUACAGAUAUACAGCCUAAUGCACAGGGACUCCUUCCCCAGGUUCUUGAACUCUGAGAUGUACAAGUCACUCAUUGAAAGGCCUAAGACAUCCGCCGAUACCAGCCCCAGUGCUGAAAGCUAAGCUCGGACCCCCUGAAAGCACAAGGAAAUGGAACAGUAGAAUUUGGAAACAGUUGCACACUUAACACUUGUAUAGCACACUCCUAUAUUUGCACAACUUCUAUCACAUACAUACUAACAAGAUGCUAUUUGGAACAUACAGAUACAAUCAUUACAUGUGUACAUCUACAUAGUCACAUUAACAUGAGAGCAAGUAUGCAGAGUUAUACACACAUGGACACAUGCAUAGUCAUUCACAAAACAUACUUUUGUGCAUUCAUGAAAGCACAUUCACUCCUGCAUACAUGUAUAUAUUCUCCAACAUUUGCACCUACAGGUGCUGACACGUUGUAUUAAGACACUAUCCACUUGUGUACACACUCCUACACACACACACACACACACACACACACACACACACACACACACAGACACACACAUAUGUGUGGAAAUAAUAAUGAUUAAAGCAGUAUAAAGCUCUAUAGCCUGCUUGCUGGAGAUCCCUGUUUAGCUUUACUUGGGCUGUUGUGACUAACUGAAUAUCAAGUUCACCUUUAAAGAAAGUAUAUACAUAUAAUAUCAUCGGAAUAAAGGUUUUGCUCACUGCCUCAGUUACAAACACAAAGACAAAAGCCAAGAAUGUUUGUUCUUUUUUCUAAGAAAAGAUGUUUUGUUAUUUGCCGAGGUUUCAUUUUUGUUCCCUGUAGCAGCAACAUACCAAGUUGGUCACGAGUAGAGUAGGUAACCAGCUGCCUGCAGCAUCUCCAAACAUUGAUCAGAGGCAGCAAACACUACCUUGGAGAGGUUUGGAGGGACGGGGGCUUCAAGUGCUCCCAACGAACGUUUGCCUGAUCAGAGUGCAGAACAUGCAGCAGUGUGACACUGUUCUUCAAAGAGCACUGGGGCCUCCUGAGGUAGCUAUAAGCGAGUUUAGAAAUUCUAGUCUUUCUUUCUUUAUGGCAGGAUACUGGCAGCAGGAUUUUAUGAAAUGUAAUAAGCACAAAAAAAUUAAAAGGCACUUUUUUUAGGGGGAAGGGGUUGCAAGUUACCGGUGUCAGUAAUUCUGAUCAUUUUGACAGAUACAGGAACAUAUUUAUUUAUCUUGAUAGAGAUUGCAAUUAUUUAAUGUGUGUGUGUGUGAGUGUGUGUGAAUAAAAGCUCGGGGAUCUCUGUUA